AUGCCUCCAAGAAAGAAACCCCUUUCUUCUUCCACGACGUCUGCUAAGAAAUCCAACUCGAAAGUUCAGCCUCAGCCGUCCAAGUUCGGCAUCCAGCAUUUCUUCGAGCGCCACACCCAGAACUCUCAGAACCCCAAAAUCGAGGUAGUUUCUGCUUCUCAGCAGAACCCUAAACCCCUCGCAGCUCCCGCCUCUUCCACCGUUGCUACAGCACAAUCGGUUCCGGAGAUCCAAAACUCUGCGCAGAUUGAUACGGGUAAUGCGGUUUUAGCUUCGGGAAGUCAUGAGAUUCGGUCGAAUUUGCUGUCAAGUAGUAACAACAGUAUGUCGCAGAAUACGCCUCCAGAGAAUUUGAGGGCAGUCGGAGUUGUUGGUGAGGAGGAGAAUAUGGAAGAUGAGGCCUCGCCGGAGAUUUCAAAGUCCAAAUCUUUUAAGCGCUUCAAGUUCUCGCCAGGAAUGUUGAUAAAGCAGAGCCAGGAUGAUGGAGGUGAUGAGGUGACAUGGAGGAUAUCUCCGGUAAAUGAAAGACUCCAAGCUGUUUCAAAGCGCAUGCCGGAGAUUAUUAGAGUGCUGGCGGACUCUUCAAGGCUUAAAUCUUUAACCAUUAACCAAUGCUCGCAAAAGAAGGCAUGUUUAUUUACUUCUCCAGUUAAAGCUGGAAAGGUUGAGAAGUGGCUUCCUUCACAGACACUGAAUACUUCUGAAAGAUCUUUGGUAUCCCUGAAUAAGGUUGGCGUAAAGCGGGUUAACCCAGAUCAGGAUAUGGAUAGUAACGGAAAUGUGAGCGAUAUGACUAUCUCUGGAAAAUCUAGUAGGCAGAGUCCAUUCCGAACACCACCUUCUCUAUCGUACUGCCAUGAUAAGCUUACAAAUGGUGUUGCAUGUAAUGAAGGUUCUGAUCAGCCAGGGUUAAGGCAUCAUAAAAAGUUAUUUUUUAAAGUUGCAAGUCUGCCUGGUUUUUCUGAGCUGUGUGGUAGGCACGAGUCAAUUAUGUCUUCUCAUGGUCUGGCAUUGCUUGAACUGUUAGAUCAAGUGGAAGAUGUUAUUUCUGUCGAAGAUUCAGUAUCUAAUGAUGUGGAGGAAUCUCCAUUUCAAGUUAAAGAUAGAAAAGGUGAUGAUAUGCAUGUCAAAUUGCAUCGGAAAUCUUCCUAUUGUAAUUUCCUUGUAUUGGAGGUAUCUGACUGUGGACUUGCUGACUCAUCUGAUGCUCAUAAGGUUCUUCGGUUACUGGAUGAGCAAUGUGGAGAGGAGCAUGCUGUCUAUUUACAGGAUGAGUGGUUUUACAGUGUCAUUGCACCUGGAGAUACUGUCAAUGUUAUUGGUGAAUUUGAUGACAAAGGACAGUGUCAUGUGGAUCAUCACCAUAAUUUUAUAAUUGUUCAUCCAGAUGUGCUAGUGGCUGGAACUAGGGUUGCAGCUAGCUUCAGUUGCCCGAGGCGAACUGUCCUGGAUGAGAGGCUAAAAGGCAAUGAGCAUUCAAGUGCAGCACUAAGUGGUACAAUAUUGCACCAAGUUUUUCAGGCUGCACUUGUGGAGGAGACACCUACAAUAAAUUUCUUGGAGGAACACACAAGAUUUGUGCUCCAGAAAAACAUUGAGAACUUGUAUGCUUGUGGAGUGAACGAAAAUGGCAUGUACAAAACGUUGAUUGAGGCUGUCCCAAGAAUAUUGAAAUGGGUUAACCUAUUCAAAAACACCCAGGUAAUUGAUAUUGAGGAGAUGGCCUGGGCUCCGAAAUAUGGUCUGAAAGGCAUGAUUGAUGCUUCUGUCAGAGUGAAAGUUGAAUCUAACAAAAAUGAAUCUCAUGAGAUGGUUAUGCCUUUAGAGUUCAAAAGUGGGAAAAUACCUAAUGGCCAGGCAAGAAUAAUCUCUUCACUUGUUUACUGA